GCGAUUCUUGGAACUCAUGUCUGUGACUGCAUUAACAGCAAGAGCUGAGCCAACUAUGUUCUCUUCCCCACUCCAGGCAAAGAAGUGGGACCAGCAAGGAUGCUCAGAUGAGGCCUAGAAUACCAGAGGGAGACAUACAAAGGCAGAAGGGAUAGAUGGCUUAGUGGCUGUAUGUUCUGGAGUCAGGCUGCUGGAAUUUGAAUCAUGCCUCAGCUACUUUCUUCAGCUUACUUUGUCACUGAAACUGUGUAAUACAAGAGAUACAAGAUUUAAGACUCCUGUGUACUAAUUGAAAUAUGAAGAUGAAUGUAAAGAUUACAAGUCAUGAAUCAUUCUAAUUCAGACACCCAAAAGUAUACUCCUCAUCCAGCAAAAGAACAGACGGCUAAGCCUCCCCCUUGUUGUCCAUCGUUAGAACCAGCAGGGUCUUCAACAAAUACUGGCCACUUCACUUCCGAGAAAGCUUGUCAAGUUCCUGAGGACCUUUGGAGUCCAGAGUCUGAGGACUCUGGACCCCAACAUGCACAUUUAGGUCACCAGACUGGCGCCUCUGAUCUUCAUCAUUUUUAUCAAUGUCUCCAUGCUGGUUACCUUGACCACAAGGGUGCUUAUCUGGGUUCUCACACUAGUACCCUAUACCUAGAAGCCAGCUCUUCUGCUACUGAACAAGCUGGGUUUCCUGUCCAAAAGCAGCCAGAAUGUAUUUGUUCAAGUGUACCUAAAAGAGGCCUUCAGAUGCCAGCACAAUCAUUUGCAUUGAACAGAUCAUCUGGACUGGAAUGUUUAAAUCAGGUAGAUCUGAUUCUGGUUAACCAGCAAAUGACACCUCUGAAAGGCUUUUCAGGCUUUCAAACUAAUAAUGAAUAUGAAAUUAAGGACAGGGUUGGACAGAAACUUUUCUCGGCAAUGGAAGAUACUCAUCCUGCAAUAAGAAAUUGCUUUGGAAAGUACAGACCUUUUACCAUGAGGAUUACUGAUAAUAUGGGCCGAGAAGUUGCAACCUUGGAAAGACCACUGAGAUGUGACUGUUUUUGCUUCCCAUGUUACCUUCAGAAGCUAGAAAUCCAAGCUCCUCCUGGUGUUCCAAUAGGUUAUGUUAUUCAGAAGUUCCACACCAUUCAGCAGAAGUUUAUCAUUCAAAAUGAGAAGAAAGAAGAUGUACUAACAAUUAUUGGCUUUUGUAUUAGGUGCACAUGUUGUACAGAUAUUAAUUUUGAGGUUAAAUCACUUGAUGAAAAAUACAUAGUUGGCAAGAUUACCAAGAACUGGUCUGGUGUUAUUCCAGAAUUCCUCACAGAUGUUGAUAACUUUAUGAUCCAGUUUUAUGUAGAUCUUGAUGUGAAAAUGAAGGCUGUGAUUCUUGGUGCGUGUUUCCUCAUUGACUUCAUGUAUUUUGAAAAGAGUACUCUGCCUAUCUGUAAGUGGAUAUAAACUACAACUGAUCUUCAGUUUCUUCUUUAUUUCAAAUUUGCAAUGAAGAUUUAUGCAGAGACCCACACAGUAUCAUCAGAGCCCAUUUAACGUCUGACACAAGGCAAACAUCUUCUAGCUCAGAAUUCACAUUGAUUAAAAACUAUCAAACACAGAAAGUUAACUAUUAAAUUAAGAUAAAUCCAAAAACUGAAGCAUGUGAUUUAAUUUGUAACCUCAGUGAAAGCAGUGGCUUAAAACAUGGUUUGAGAGGGUCCCCUGACUCAGGGGUAAGGGUGGAGAGAAAAGGUGGAAAGGGAACACCAUGAUGGUACUGAAUGGAACUGUGUUUUGAUUUUUGAGAAGUAAAUUCUAUAAAGAUGAUCUGUAUCAUCCAUUUUGGUGCCUAUUUAACCUUUUGGUUUCUUGUACAA